CUUAGACCGCAGUGGGAUGGGGGACGCCACGCGCGCCCUUCCGGCUGCCCACCCCCCUCCUUGCCCCAGACCCGGGGCGGAAGUGGGGGCGGGUCACGGCGACCCGCGGAAGGGUGGGGGCCCCAGGAGAGGGCAGCACGUGGCUUCUCAGGGUUCCGGGAGUUCCGAGUUAGAGGAGCAGGCGCGGGGGUCUGGGGGCGCACAGGUCUCCAGCCGGGCCGGGUGGGCCAGAAGGGCGAACAGGUAGUGCUGAACCAGGGAGCAGGCAGCACUGGCCAGACUAGGCCAGAGGCAGACAGCGUGGUGCGGGGCGGUCAGGACCGGGGUCCUGGGGUUGUGCCGCCUGCGUCAAAUCCUCGCCCCACUUCAUUCUCCCUGGGGACCUUUGGGCACAGACUGCGCCUCCCCAUGCCUCGGUUUACUGGUCUGCGAAGGGAGAGUGAUAAUGAGAGAGAGCCAGGCCCCAGAGAGGGACCACCCCUUCUGCCCCUCGGGGAGUUUAGAAUAUGUUGGUUAUUGCUAUUACUGUUUUCUCCCCGUUUUACAGAAAAGGAAACUGGGGCUCAGGAGGUUUCAGUAAGUGUUCCAAGGUCACACAGUUGGCAUGUGGCGGUCUAGCCAGUUCCACAAAGUUCUGCCAUGAAACCCUCCCAGGUUUUCUUCACUCAGCGGACCCAGUCUAUCUUUCCUUCCUCUGGGUAACCCCAAACCCACCUCAGGCUCUCUCCCUGUAAUCACCUGGGGGCAGUGCGGGAAUCGGAGCCCCCUGGGCUUCGCUAUUGCCCUGAACACAUUGGGGCACAGAUGAGGGGCUCAGAAAGUGCCUGCUUCAUGAUUGAAUGGGUGGCUGUCUUCCAGGUCUGCUCUCAGAGCUGAAGCUGGCUGUGCCCUGGGGCCACAUCGCUGCCAAAGCCUGGGGCUCCCAGCAGGCCCGCCCGGUUCUUUGCCUGCAUGGCUGGCUGGACAAUGCCAACUCCUUUGACAGACUCAUCCCUCUUCUUCCGAAAGACUUUCAUUAUGUUGCCGUGGAUUUCGGGGGACAUGGGCUCUCGUCCCAUUACAGCCCCGGUGUCCCGUAUUACCAGGAAAACUUUGUGAGUGACAUCCGGAGAGUUGUAGCAGCCUUGAAGUGGAAGCGUUUCUCCAUCAUGGGCCAUAGUUUCGGUGGUAUGGUGGGCGGAAUGUUUUCCAGUAUCUACCCCGAGAUGGUGGAUAAACUUAUCUUGCUGGACACAUUGCCAUUUGCCCUGGAUGCUAAAGGAGUAGAGGAAGUGCUGACCUACAAGCGGGGAGCCAUAGAGCACAUGCUGCAGACAGAGGCCUCCCAGAAACCCCGGCAGGUGGUCAGCCCAGAGGAGAUGCUGCAGAGGUUCCUGAAGAACAACAGCCAUGUGAGUGGGGAGUGCGCACGGCUCCUCCUCCAGCGGGGAACCACCCAGGUGGCCUCAGGUCUAAUAAUGAAUAGAGACCGGAGGUUGGCUUUGCCGGAGUACAGCAUGGAUUUCAUCAGCAGGGAGCUGUUCGUGCACUCCGCCAAGAAGCUGCAGGCCCACGUCCUGCUCCUCAAAGCAAUCCAAGGAUAUUAUAACGUGAGAAGAGAGAACGACAGUGACAGGAAUGUCAUGCUUUUUGCGAUAGACAUGCUGAAAUCAGUCCUAAAGGAGCGGUUCCAGUACAUACAAGUCCCGGACAACCAUUAUGUCCACCUGAACCAACCCCAGAACGUGGCCGGUAUCAUCAGCACCUUUCUGCUGAGCAAGGAGACAGCACCACACGAGCCGUAGCCUGGGCCUUCGGAGACCUGGUGCCCACCACCCAGCACCCAGAUCCCUAGUGCCAGGCCCCCCCGCCAGACUGGGUGUGGUGGGGACAGGCCUCACUGGUCUGAAGCCCAGCAGGUGCUAAGGCA